AUGCACCAGAUCUGGACCUACCACCAAGAAAACCAAUUUACUACCAUCAGAUUGUACAAACCUGUCACAUUACUCUCGCGAUCUAAAUCAAGCUACAUUUCAAGCUACGAACUUAUUGAUCCGCCUCUGUGUAUAUUUUCUUAUUUUUUUGUCCUUCUCUCUCUCUCUCUCUCUCUCUCUCUCUCUCUCAAUUUCCCUAUCUAUCAACGUCUCUCUUAUUCUUUUAUUUCUUUUCACAACUGGCACAAGUUCCCAACAUCUCCACCUCUUCAUUUUCUUGUUUUUCCUCAUUCACGCCGUCUUUCUCCCUCUCAGUACCUCUCACUUCACUCAAUCAGUAGCUCAUUAUCUCUCUCACUCUUACUCUCUCACCUUCAACCUGUCUCAUUCUGUCUCUCGCACUCAGUCCCUUUCACUCGCUUUCUCUCUUACUGUUGCAAUAUCGCUCAUUCUCUCUCUUACACUGCGUCUUACUUUCUCUCUCUCAAUUUCAGUCUCUUUCUUCCACUCAAUCUGUAUCACUCAUUUUCCUCGUUUUCAUCGUCUCUUUCUCUCUCUCAAUAUCAUUUUCGCCCUCUCUCUCUCACACACCCUCACUCACUAUCUCUCCCACUUUCCUCUCUCACCUUCAAUCUCGCUCAUUCUUUCUUUCUUUCUCUCAUAAUCUCUUUCUCCCACUCUCCUCUCUCCCACCCUAUCUCUCUCUUACACCGUCGCCUUCACUUUCUCAAGCUACUCACGCUUUCUACUCUUCCUUCUCUCCUUUAUUGUCGUUCACUCCCCCUCCCUCUCUCUCUCUCUCUCUCUCUUUCUCUCUCUCUCACUCUCUUCUCUCGCUUCUUUUGGUUCGCCCUUAUAUGUCCUUUCUCUCAGCCUCAACCCUAA